UAUUACUGACGAGUAUAAAAGACUUGGCUUCCUUCGAUGGCCAAUUGAUCACCUGACCUCUGUUAAAACUCUUGCGAAUGCGAUCAAACUGAAGCUUGAAAGAGGGAACCAAUUGCUGAGCCCAGUAAAAUUUCAUCUGGGGUGGUGCUGAAUUGGUGUUUUUCUGUGUUAAAAUUGCGAUGGAGGGGGAAUAUUUUAGGGGGUCAUCUUCUUAUUACGGCAUUCUUGGUGUGCCUACAAAUGCUUCUGAUGAAGAGAUAAGACGUGCUUAUAGGAAGCUUGCUAUGCAAUGGCAUCCUGAUAAAUGGACCAGAACGCCUUCACUGUUGGGUGAAGCAAAGAGAAAAUUCCAACAGAUUCAGGAGGCCUAUUCAGUGCUGUCGGAUCAAAAAAGGAGGAUAAUGUAUGAUACUGGCCUUUAUGAUCCUGCAGAAGAAGAAGAGGAUGAGGGAUUUGCUGAUUUUCUACAAGAAAUGGUGUCUCUUGUAGACAAUGUGAGAAAAGAGGAUAAGGUGCACAGCUUGGAGGAGCUGCAAAGAGCGUUUUGGGAGAUGGCUCAAAGUUUUGAGACUCCUGAAUGGUCCUUUAAUCCUUUGCAAUACAUGUAUGAAUCUCCUGCCUGGUUUGAUGAACAUUCCACGUCAAAUAGUUUAGGGAAUUCAACCGGUGUAUCCUGGUCAAGUGAACAGAAGUCUUUCGAAACUUUUGCGAGAGAAUGCUGGUCCACGGGAGUGGAAUCAAAAAGCGUUUCUUCUAUGCUUGGAGAUCCAUGGGGCAAGCCCUUUUAUGCAUUUUAGAGAUGGUGGAAAGUCCUGUUGUAGGAAUGUCGACAGACGGUGGAGAAAUUCAAGUGAUAAUGGGUACUUGAGCACAAAAAUCAGUUUUGGAUGGAUGAAGUGCAAGAAAGUCACCUGCAAAAUUGAAGGGUUCAAGAACAUGAAAGUUUGGUUGCUUGCACAUUGCCAUCCCUCGUGUGGAUGCUCUGGGAUUUGUAGGACAGUAUUGAGGUUAGCAUUUAACACAGCUGCUGUAGAGCUGCCAUGCUUGAAAUCUCAACUUGAUUUGUAGGGAUUGCAAUUGAUCAUCUCCACGUUUUGUUAAGAACAAAGUGUUCUCUCUUCUUUUCCUUGUACGGUCUUCUUGGUCAUCUUAUUUAGUGACUAAAGCAGUUUAUGUAAUUUGCUGCCUUUUGACACUUGAGAAAAAAAAAAAAGGGCUGAAUUGCUGAGAGGUUGAACUGAAUGCAAGUGAUCUUGACAAGGGCA